ACGCUAUAAACUAAAUUCUCACAUCAUAUAGUCGGUGUGACUAAGCAUCUCAAUUUAUGCACGGUGGGGAAGGUCCUGUUAAAGAUGGAAAAGUUCAAGGCAACUCACUCUACAUCGGGUACCUGCGCUAGUUAUCUAUAAUAAUAAGAUAAAAAUAAUGAAAUAUAGAUAAAAGGAAAACUCAUACGAUCAAGUUUUGACGUAUACGAUCCUUGACUACCAACUAGUGCAAAUGAAUGAGCACAGCAUGUGUUUAAUUCGAGCCAUUCUGCUUGUAGUUGUCGUCUGAGUUUUGCAACAACGCCCUCAUGCACUCCUAAAAAACAUGUUUGUAAUAUUUCAAAGUGUUUAUAGUUCGGUGAUGCAACAGUUACCUUUAAAUGUUGAUGCAUUAUCAGCAGCGAACGAGCACGUAUUGAUUGCACUAAUAUCAUCUUUCCUCCAAAUACUACUUAUUGAUUCAACAAUAUUUGUAGCUGUGCCAUCUCAUUCCAUAAAUACCGGUAAACGAAUUAGUAGUGACAAAUUUUUUACAUCAUCAACCAGUAUCGAAGUCGAUGAACUAUAUGUUUGUGAUUAUAAUCAAUUGCGCUACACGAAAUAUCAAUACUUUAAUGUCAAAUCAUUGUAUGUAGCAGAUAAGUUGCAACUCGUAAAUCCAUCGUUUUUAGACAACCUUGGCAAAAUAAUCCAAUUGUCGAAUUUAAAGCAAUUAACAAUAUGGAACGAUCACCCGUGGCCAUUUGAAACAUUCGAACGUUCGCUUGUCUUCUCGCCAAAUAUUCACUCUUUAACGUUAAACGCCGAUUAUCUCCUUCGUUUACUCAAAAGUUCAGAUCAAAUUUGUCAACGUCUGACAAAUAUGUUGAUCAACGAGCUAAGUUUAGGUGGUGAUGACAAAGUCUGGUCAGUUGACAACGUUGAAUUAUUUACACAUACUUUUUCGAAUUUGGAAUCAUUUACGAUUUAUAAUGUUCCCACUGCUAAUGAAUUUUAUUCUAUCAUGCCAAUCAUUCUUAAAAAGUUCACAAAAUUAGUAACACUAUCGGUAUUCUUGAAAUCAUCUUUUUUACCAUCAAAAGCAUUUGUGGAAAAUUGGCUAAAAGAGAACACAAUUAAAUUAAACUUUUAUUUGAAAUGUGCAUCCCGUGGUGAUAUUGUUCAUCUAUGGCUGUAA